UAACACCCGGCUCGUGUUCGCAGGAGACGGGCCCGCAGCCGCUGGCGGCCGGCGGCGCGUGGCGGUGCCGCACCGAGGUGCGCGCCGUGCACAAGCCCAUGGACCUGCGUGUGCUGCACCCCGCGCGGUACCCGCCCGAGCCCGAGCUGACCGACCUGUGCGCGCGGCUCAACUGCUCGGGCCUGUGCCUGCUGACGUCGGAUGAGGACGGAGGAGGCGAGGUGGGCGCGCGCUGCGAGUGUCCCGAGCACUGGGCGCUCACCGACGACGGGCGCACGUGCCGCCCCAACUGUACCUCCGCGCACUUCGUGUGCGCCGCCGCGCUCAAGUGCAUACCCUUCUGGUGGCGCUGCGACACGCAGGACGACUGCGGCGACGGGUCGGACGAGCCCGCGUCGUGUCCGGAGUUCCGCUGCUCGCCGGGCCAGUUCCAGUGCCGCAACGGGCGCUGCGUGCACCCGGCACACAUCUGUGACGGCCAGCAGCAGUGUGGCGACGGCUCCGACGAGACCGACUGUGACCAGUUUACGUGCCUGUCGACUCAAUGGAAGUGCCUUGGCAACGUCACUGCGGCGGUGGCGUCACGCUGCGUGCCCGCGGCCGCCCGCUGCGACGCCAAGCGUGACUGUCACUACGGAGACGACGAGUUGGACUGUCCGCCGCCAACCUGUCCGCCGCAACACCUGAAGUGCGGGUCGGGCGCCUGCGUGCCGCUGGUGUGGGUGUGCGACGAGGACCGCGACUGCGAGGACGGCGAGGACGAGGGGCCGGCGUGCGGCAGUCGCACGUGCGCGCGGGACGAGUUCCGCUGCGGGUCGGGCCGCUGCGUGCCGCGCGACUGGCUGUGCGACGGCGAGCCCGACUGCCCCGCCAAGGAGGACGAGAGAGAGUGCGGGUCGCGGGCCGUGUGCGAGGAGACGUACUUCCGAUGUGGCGACUCGCGCUGCAUCCCGGGCCGCUGGCGCUGCGACUUCGAAAACGACUGCACCGACGGCUCCGACGAGCGCGACUGCACGCCGCGGAACUGCUCCGAGUCCGAGUUCAGGUGCGACAACGGCGAGUGUAUCCGCGGGUCGCUGCGCUGCUCGGGCGCGGCCGACUGCAGCGGCGGCGAGGACGAGACCGGCUGCGCACCGCACUGCGGGCCCGAGUCGCGUCUGUGCGCCACCACGCCUCACUGCCUGCCUAGCAGCUGGUGGUGCGACGGCGACGUGGACUGCCCGGACGGGUCGGACGAGGCGGGGUGCGAGCGGGCGAGCGCGGAGUGCGGCGCACGCCUGGCGUGUGGGCCGCGCUGCGAGCCGGCGGCGUGGCGCUGCGACGGCCGCCGCGACUGUGCCGGCGGCGCGGACGAGCUGCCGGCGCUGUGUGCCAACAUCACGUGCCAGCCGCCCAUGAUCAGGUGCGGCGAUGCGACGUGCAUCCCGGCGGGCGUGUUGUGCGACGGCCGCACCGACUGCGCCGACGGCAGCGACGAAGGUGCGGCCGCGUGCUCGGGCAGGCGCGCUGCCCCCGCGUGCGGCCCCUCGCAGCAGCUGUGCGAGGAUGGCCGCUGCGUGAGCGCCGCUGGGGACUGCGACCAGGAUACGUGUUCUUGGCGUACGUGUCCGCAGCUGUGUCUCCACAAGCACGCACACAACCACACCUGCAAAUGCGCCCCCGGGUACCGGCCACGUGCGCUGCCCGACGGAGGCGCCACCUGCCAGGCGCAAGGAGGCGAGGCCCGGCUGGCGGUGUGGUCGUGGUCGGCCGUGCGCGUGUGGGAGCUCCACAAACACGAGCACGACGCACGCGACCAGCCCGCACUCAACUACAACUCCAGUAUCGAAGUGUCGUCCCUAGACGUGGCGCCGCUGGAUGGUGAGUGGUGGGCGUGGUGGGGCGACAGUGCGGGCGCCAUACGUCGCAUCCGGCUCGCGGGAACGUCGGGUUCCACCGCAGACCCCGGGGCCGUGCCGCAGCUGCCCUCGCCCGACGUGCCUCUGGACAUGGGGCAGGCUGAACUUAUCGUGCAGGAGGAUGGUGCGGUGCGGGGUGUGGCAGUGGACGGUGCGGGCGCGCGCAUCUGUUGGACGGCAGUGGUGAGGGGGCGGGGCGAAGGACGCGGGGAGGUGCGCUCCGCUGACGGCGACGGGCGCCGCCGGGUCACGAUGUGGAGCGAGCGGGGCGCCGAGCCCGACGACAUCGUCGUCUGUGUUGAAACCGGCGAGGUGUUCUGGUCGGACCGCGGUGCGUCGCCGGGCGUGUACCGCACGCCGCUGGCGGGUCCGCGCGGCGCGGGGGGCGGGGCCGAGCGCGUGGUGUGGCGCGGCGUGCGGCGCAUCACGGCGCUCGCACUGGACGCGCCCUCGCAGCGACUGUACUUCAUUGACUCGUACCGCGCUCAGAUGGAGAGCGUCAACUAUGACGGUACGGACCGCGUAACACACGCAGUGUUCCGACAGCGGGGUUCAAUCGCUGAAGGUGCGGACGUCGCGGGGGACACGGCAGUGGUGUGGGGCCGCGCCUGCGCUCGCAUGCGGGUGUGGGAGGAGUGGGUGUGGUGCGCGGGGCCCCGCGGGGUGGCCGCCGUGCCGCGUCGCCCCGCGCCCCGCGCUCACGUGACGCCCGCACCCCGCCACCGGGCGCCAGUCCCCGCGCUGGUCGUGCUGCACCCCGCGCUCUACACUCACCACGACUUAAAAAACCCGUGCGUUUUGGAUGGCGGCAAGCCGGCGUGUCAUGACAGCGCGGUGUGCGUGCGCAGUGGGCCCGGGAGCAACGGAGGCAACGCGGCAACAGAAUACUCGUGUCUUUGUCCGGAUGGACUGCGGCCGAUCACGCGAGAUACUCAUGUGGAGUGCGUCAUCGAGGCGGCCGCGGGCGCGUCGUGCCCGCUGGCGUGCGGCGCGGGCCGCUGCCGGCAGGGGGCGGGCGGGCGCGCGUCGUGCCGCUGUCCGCCGCUGUGGGCGGGGCCACACUGCGAGCACUACCGCUGCGCCGCGCACUGCAACCAGCGGGGCCGCUGCCACCUCGCCUCGCCCGACUCCGACACUUCCGAAACCUCCGAUCCGCCGCCUCUGCAGUGCUCGUGCUACGCGGGAUACGCAGGCGAGCGAUGCGAGCAACGUGUGGACGCGUGCGCGCGUGUCGCUUGUGGAGCGGGGACGUGCCGCCAGGCGGGGGGCGCGGCCGUGUGUGAAUGUCCACCUAACUAUACCGGUGAUCAUUGCGAGCGCUGCAUCGGCCACGAGUGUCUCUGCGACAAUUGGUGUGCCAACGGGGGGUCAUGCCACGUGGUGGACGGCGCGGCCGUGUGCGCGUGCGGCGCGGAGUGGCGGGGAGCACGCUGCGAGCUGCGAGCGACGCCCGCCCCGCCCCCCCCGCCCCGCAGCAACGCGGUCGGUGGUGACGAUCACGACUACAAGCCGCAUAAGUCGUCGCUGUGGUGCUCGGGCGCGUGCCUGCACGGCGGGCGCUGCGUGGCGGUGAGCGCGGCGGAGGCGCGGGCGGGUGCGGCGUGCGCAUGCGCGGGCGCGUGGGGCGGCGCCACGUGCGCGCACUACGUGGGCCACGACCACGCCUGUGUGGCGCGGUGUGCGCCGCCCGCCGUGUGCGUGUGGCGACCGGCAGACGGGCCGAGCGAGCUGGGCGUGCCGUACUGCGCGUGCCUGGAGGGCGCCAGCUGCAGCGCACCGCGGGCGGGGCCGGGCGCGGCGCCGGACACGGGCACGCCGGGGGAGGGGGCCUGGCUCCACGGGCUGCUGGCCCUGCUGGCGCUGCUGGGGCUGAUGGCGGCCGUGCUGUUCCUGCUGCAUCGGCGGCGGCGUGGUGCAUUUGUGCACGCGCGCCUGCCCGACAACGUGGAGAUCAGCAACCCGAUGUACCUGGCUGGGGAGGACGAGCCCGCACCAGCCACCUCGCACGCUGCACGCCAGAGCGGCGCGGCCGGCAACCACUUCGCGAACCCAGUGUAUGAAAGCAUCUACGAGCCGCCACGAAUCGCGCCCGAGGAGCAGGCUACUCUGCUAGGACGGGCCGAGGGCUCCCCGUCCCCCGCCGAGGGCGCCGCACUGCUGUGACCUGCUGACACCUGAGGAGUAACCCUCGCCCGUGAUACGCCAUCUGGGACUAACACCGUGCCGAUGGCGACAUCGCAGCUAUUGCUUUAGAGUUAAUUUUUAUAAUGUUGUUUAAUUUACUGUUUUCACACGUAACACGGACACGUUUACGAAACGUAUCAAAACACACAAUGAAUCUUCCUCCGAUAUAUCUCACGUUGCUGCUAUUGUCUUACGGCCGUUUGCAAUAACCUAUCUUUAGUUUAACUUACUAUAGGUAGACAAAUUUAAUCUUUAACGCUUACUUACAUUUCAGUAACCUUUUGACAGAUAGUAUUGGACUAUAACUAUAUUGGACAUUAUUAUGAAUAGAUAAGAUCUUGUCAUUAAACGGUGACAGCAAUGUAGCCGUAAGUUAAACAAAGGGUAGAUAGGUUAUUGAAAACGGCCGUUAGUAGAGUAGGCGUGUCACUCCGGUUACGUGCUUAUCAUUGGCCAGACUGGCGUGUGCGCGAGGUAGCCUCACCAGUUUACUGGUUCUAUAUCCAAAAUUGACUAUCACUCACUGUGACUACGAGUGUUUUGCCAGUGUGCGGCGGGUAAUAUAAUUAAGAUAAAUUAUAUUAAUUGCAAUACUUAGGUUUAGGUAGGCAUACAUACCUAAACUCUUGUAAAAACCAUGGCAUAAUAACAUACUCCGCCUGGUAUUGUAUUCCCGUGAGAUGGGUCACGUGAUUGGCCUAAGAAUACGUCAUCAAUUGCGAUAAGUGUUCUCAAACUAUUUUUGAGUUCAACAACGAUAUGGACUUCCUAUAGGUGUGAGCGACACGACAAUAGCGAUGAAAUGGCGAGCUGUCAGUAUGACGUAAUAUAUUAUAUUGUGGUCUUAGACCAUCGUGGGGAGAGAAUACAACGCGGAGUAUAUUAUGAUACUAUGUUAAAAACAAAAUAGUUGACUAAGCAAAGAAUCAUCGAUGUUGCUACUAUUAUUUUUAUUAGUUUAUAUUGAUUAUUGUACAUAGUGUUAGGAAAUUCAUGAAUUUAAUGAUGACACUGAAACGUUUUUUUUAGUUUUCCUUAAUUUCACCAUAUCAUAUUAGUUAAUUUAAU